GUAACUUUGCCUACUCCUUUUCGUUCCUCUUGUACCGAAGCUAAUAAUUCGGGAGAUCGAGAAGAGUAAGAAGAAGAAGAGGAAAGGAGGAAGAUCCGAUCGACGACGGAGGGCAGCCAGGGUUAAUUGCAUUUCACUGAACCACUAUUGAAUCUGAACAAAACAUUAAUGUUAAAGAUACACAUUUGGUUUGCUUGAAAGAGUUUGAUCAUAGUAUCAAGUCCCGACAUCAAAGCACUCUGAUUUAUUAAAAGCUGAAAUUUGGUUUGGAUUUGUUCUCUCACCAAGAAUCUUCACCAAGCUGAAUGCCAGUAUUUCCUUUUCCCUCUUUGCUGAAUAUUUAUGGUUCUUCCUUCUGAGGAACUGAACUAUGAAGGUUUGACUGUCAAAAAUUCUUUACUGAUGGACCGAGCGGCUAUCUUAUGUGAACAUGAAUGUGCAAUAGGUAUAUCCCAAAACAAUGAUGCUUCAACCUCCAUUCCCCGUCAAGCUGACCACAAUGAUUCUGGUGCAACAUACGAUGAGAAUAGGCCUUCAACAAGUACUUUGCCUCGUGUCUCUAUGUUAACUGCAGUAUCGCCAAGUGUUUCGAACUCGAUAAAUGUUCCUUUGACAAGGAGAUCGAAUAACUAUGGUCGUCGAACUCGUACUAGAAAUCCUUUGAAUUCUGGUUUGUGGAUAUCAGUCGAGCUUGUUGUUAAUUUGAGCCAAAUUACAGCAGCUAUUGUUGUUCUUUCCUUGUCAAGACAUGAACACCCUCAAACUCCAUUAUUUACAUGGAUCAUAGGUUAUACAGCAGGUUGUGUUGCAACACUUCCUCAUCUUUGUUGGCGGUACAUUUAUCGCAACAGUCUGAGCUCAGAGCAAGAACCAGCAGGUUCUGAUCAGGGUUCUUCUCGUAACAGUUCUUUUGAAUCUACUGUUUUUGUUGAUAAUCAAGGAUCAAUGCAAGAAAACAUUCACCAUCCAGUGUCCGAGUCAAGACAAAUGACAAAUCCUAGUAGUCGAAGGUUAAAUGCUAUAGUUGAACAUUUCAAGAUGGCACUGGAUUGCUUCUUUGCUGUAUGGUUUGUUGUUGGAAAUGUAUGGGUGUUUGGUGGGCACUCUUCUUCUCAUGAUGCCCAUAACAUGUAUAGGUUAUGCAUUGUGUUCCUUGCAUUUAGUUGUGUCGGAUAUGCUUUGCCCUUCAUUCUAUGUGUAUUAAUCUGUUGUUGCUUGCCUUGCAUUGUGUCAAUAAUGGGCUUUAGAGAAGAUCUUCAUCAUGGUAGAGGUGCUUCUUCAGAAUCAAUCAUUCAACUGUCAACCUAUAAAUUCAAAUCAAAGAAGCAGCGGAACAGAAAAGACAAAGAAAUUAACUUAGAAACCGAAGGCAGUGGUGGGAUAUUGGCUGCUGGGACCGAUAAGGAGCGGAUUAUUUCUGCUGAAGAUGCUGUUUGUUGCAUUUGCUUGGCAAAGUACAUCGACAAUGAGGAACUCCGUGAGCUCCCAUGUACACACUUCUUUCAUAAGGACUGUGUGGAUAAGUGGCUUAAGAUAAAUGCACUUUGUCCCCUUUGCAAAACUGACAUUGCCAGCACCGACACUGGGUUAUCCGGUACGAGAAGCUCAGGAUUUCAUUUUACAGGAGGGUGGGCUAUGGUAUAGAACCAAAUUUGGAAACUGUAUUGAUGCAUGUCUCCACGAAUAAGAAAAAUUUACAGUCAAUAAUGCGAGAAUGAAAGUCUGUUCAUGGGUGAAGGUAUAUUUGUCUCUCCCAAUCCUACUCAAUGAAUUGCAGUGGUGGUUUCUGGUAUAAUUGGAUGUCGAUAUAGAAUCCUUCUUUCAAGUUUCAGUGGUGGUUUCUUGUAUGCUUCCAUGUUGAUAUCCAUGUUGAUCUCCAUGUCAACAUGUUUCCAUGUUUCUUGUAAAUUCUCUGGACUCCAAGAAUAAGAUUCACUGUCAUUGGAUAUACUUUUCAAUGGAGUAUCCCAAAGUCUGUUUUUCAUUGGUAACCUGCAAUGUUUUGGUCUUAUUCUUAGAUUCUCAGAAAAUUGUGCAUCAGAUGGAAUGAUGUUCAAGGGAAGCAAAAUUGAUACUGAUGCAAAGCUGGGAUGUUUAUGUUUUCAGAUCAUAAAAUUUAAUUUUGUUUCUCUAUUUUUCGUCCUUUUUUCUUGAGACAAUAUUCUUUUCCUGAAGUUAUGUACAGGAUAUUAUGAUUGUCGUAAAGAUGAGGUAUCCAUGUACAGGUGUUUACA